GAAGACGCCCCGUCGGUAUCUUGCGUUGCGACUCGUUUACGAAGAGAAGAUGCCUAGAAUUGCGUGCCGUUUACGACGUUUGGGGUACUGUCAAACGCCGCCAGCGCGCAAACUAGGGCCGCUAUAAAAUAGUGGACCCCCACCGACGAUCGGUUCAAUCAACGCCGCGGUGCACUGUGAACUUCGACCACCACCACCUUCCAUCCUUCAUCUCGUUCACCAUGUCCGGCAGCAUUCCAGACGUUCCUGCCCCGUUCUCACCUCUCGUCAAGCUCAACUUGCCCUCGCCGGAGGAAUAUAGAAAGCGCAAAGUCGCGCUCGUCUCUGGCAUUACUGGGCAAGAUGGCUCGUACCUGACCGAACUGCUGCUCGAAAAGGGAUAUGAAGUUCAUGGGAUUAUGCGCCGUGCUUCGAGUUUCAACACGAGUCGUCUUCACCAUCUUUACGCAGACCAACAUGAACGUCCAAACAAGUUCAAGUUGCAUUAUGGUGAUCUCUCGGAUAGCACCAAUCUCGUGUACAUCAUUGCACAAGUGCAACCAACCGAGGUCUACAAUCUUGGCGCUCAAUCACACGUCAAAGUGUCUUUCGAGAUGGCUGAAUAUACCGGAGACGUAGAUGGCCUGGGUACGCUGCGUCUUUUGGAUGCUAUCCGGACUUGUGGUCUGGACAAGCAUGUCCGCUUCUACCAAGCAUCAACUUCCGAAUUGUACGGAAAGGUCGUCGAGUCCCCUCAGAGCGAGACAACACCGUUCUACCCGCGUUCACCAUAUGGUGUCGCCAAGCUCUACAGUUACUGGAUCACUGUGAACUACAGGGAAGCAUAUGGCAUGUUCGCGUGUAAUGGUAUCCUCUUCAACCAUGAAAGUCCUCGUCGAGGCCGAACCUUCGUCACGAGGAAGAUUUCUCGGGCGGCUGCAGAUAUCUCAUUAGGCAAGCAAUCAUGUUUGUACCUUGGAAACCUCGACGCGAAGCGUGACUGGGGACAUGCUCGUGACUACGUCGAGGGUAUGUGGCGUAUGCUGCAACAACCGACUCCCGAUGAUUUUGUUUUGGCUACUGGUGAAACUCAUCCUGUUCGUGAGUUUGUUGAGAAAUCGUUCGGACUUCUUGGCACGGAAAUUCAAUGGCGUGGUUCUGGCGUCGAUGAAGAGGGUAUUGAUACUAAGACCGGCAAGGUCGUCGUUAAGGUUGAUACAAGAUACUUCCGUCCCGCUGAAGUCGAUCUGCUCCUUGGUAACCCUGCCAAGGCAGAGCGCGUCCUCGGAUGGAAGCGCAAGGUCGACUUCGAGUCACUUGUCAAGGAGAUGGUGGAGGCCGACCUCAAAGCAGCAAAGUCUUUGGUUGAGGACCAGAACUAGACUUCUCAUCCUCCCCGCCAUUGUCGUCUACCCUCUAAUUCCUUCUUUGCCUACCGCCCUUUCGAGGACUUUCGGACGCACAAUUAUUGUACUUGGACCGGUUGUUAGAGAUACCGAAGUGGAUCGUUUAUAUAGCUCUAUUUUGACUUGGCAUUGCCCUAGGGCGAAAAACUGUUGACAUUUUAAGCUACAUAUUCCACGUUGACGUUGAACGUUCAAGCUACGAGCACGCAUUUUCUUUCUCAAAGUUGACAACUUCGUGUACUUUUCCUCUUGAUAAGAUUAGAUCCUCAAUGGAACUUUGAUCUAAGCGCUGUUGCG